AUGCAGCAAGAAAAUUCCAUAAUUGAGUUUCAUGAUGCACUAAGUAUAAUAUAUCCACCUACCUAUGAAUUAAAUAAAGCAGAAUUUCGAGCUUGGAGAGCAAUGUUACAAGCAUGCGGAUGCACUAAUAUAAUGCCAUAUUCUAAAUCUAAUAAUAAAAAAGAAUUUUGGAGUCGAUCAAAUAACCCAAAUACUGACAAAGCUAACUUGAAAAUGUUGUAUGAACAAGGAUACUUACAAGCUGAUUUAGAAUAUUCAGAUAGUUCAGAAGAUCAUAUAACUCAUGCUAUUAAACGAUAUGUUCAUAUUAGACAUGAAGUAACAGAAGGAUCUGAUAUCGUAACUGCUACACAUAAUUUAGCAGGCACACACUUGGCAAACAUUGAACCUAAUCGAAAUCAAGAAAAAAAUAUAAGCUUACCAAUUGCAGGUCCAUUGGCAGAGUACAUUGUGGCAUGUCCAUUGCCACACUUUGGUACUCUAGCUUACUUUUUUCCUGCUGCAAUUACUAGUUUGUGUAAUGAAGAGCUUCAUCAUCUGGAAUCCAAAGUCUCAACUCAUACUGAACCACAAUCGAAGUGGAUAAUGGCUUUACCAAAAACCCAAGAGAACCAAAACCAAAGCAUAACAGAUAUAGAUGAUAUUGUGAUAAUAGAUACAACUAGAGAUGAUGAUAUGAAGGAAGAGAAUAUAGAGCAAAGUACUUGCAUAAUCAUAGAACACAUAUCUCAUAUUGGUUUUCCUUGGAAUGAAGGAUGGGCAUUGCACGAAAAUUCAAUAAAUAAAAAUCAAGGUGGAGGCAAACGGAUGUCAAAUACAGUUAAAAAAAUACUUGAACAAAUGUUCUUGCAAGGAAAUAUUCAUGCUAAAGAUCAGAUGACAGCUACUGAUAUGUAUAAUAGGUUGAAAGAAUUUGCAGAUAAUGGUGAGUUGGAGCAAGAAGAAAUACCAAAAGUCUCAACAAUUCAAGGAUGGAUAUCACGGUACCACAAAAUGUUUUUGGCACAGGCCACAAGAACUGCAUUAGACACUAAUUUGGAGAAAGGCUUUUCGAUGAGUAGUACUGUACAUAAUUGCAAUAAGACGGGUAGUAUAGAAUUAGAUGAAAAUAAUGUUUUUUUCUUUUCUUUUGCUUUCUGA